AUGGACCCAGAGGAAACAAAUUUGAAAUUCGGAAUUCAAGUUUCGGAAAUGUCUCUGCGCAAUGUUUGGGAUAUUGUGGUCGCUUUUGAUAUUGGCACAAGCUAUUCUGGGUAUGCAUAUUGUGACAGGAAGGAAAUAAACACAAAAUCGAUCUCCCUGAACCAAUGGACGGGAAACAUGGUUCCAGAUCCGAAGGCCAAAGCACCUACUACAGUCCUUGUUUCCAAAAAUAAGUCUUUUCAUUCUUUUGGAUACGAGGCAGAGGAGUUUUAUGCGCAGCAGGUCUGCAAAAAGAACAACGAAGAUUGGUAUCGAUUCAGAAACUUCAAAAUGGUUCUGUAUAGGGAAACAAAUGUCCAACGCAAUAUAGAAAUCAAGGAUGACUCUGGUAGGCUUUCACUUCCAGCUUUAGAAAUUUUUGCAUGGGCUAUUCAAUCUCUGAAGGUUCACUUUGAAACAACAAUAAAAGACAGGUCCCUAACAUUUGACAAAAACAACAUUUUGUAUGUGAUAACAGUGCCUGCAAUUUGGAAACAAUCUGCAAAACUCUUCAUGAAAGAGGCUGCAUUAAAGGCUGGAAUUCUAGAGGCGCAACUUUUGAUUGCUUUAGAACCGGAGGCUGCAGCAAUGUAUUGUAAAUCUCUACCAGAUCAAACACUAACAGAAACAUUUAAACCAAAUAAAAGAUACAUGGUUUUGGAUCUUGGAGGAGGAACAGCUGAUGUUGUGGUCCAUGAUGUUUUAGAAGAUGGCAGACUAGCAGAAGUUUAUAAAGCUUCUGGUGGUGAUUGGGGAGGAACUACGGUUGAUAAAGAAUUCGAAAAAUAUAUCAAAAUUGUCUUCAAUAGCGAAUCCUGUCUACAACAGCUAUGGGAAUGUGCUCCAAGAGAUGCAUUUGAUAUGGAAAGGGAAUUUGAAAUGCAAAAAAGACAAAUCAGUAAUGCUCCGGAUGGAAAUAUUCGAUUAAAGUUACCAGGUAGAUUAAAAAUGUUUGGACAAAUAUCGGUGAAAGAUUCCGUUACUUUUGAUCAUUUAUACGUAGAAAACUCAAAAUUCAAGGAAUUUUUUGAAGAAGCCAAGAUUCAAAUUAUAUCCUUGAUAAAAAGAAUUCUGAGAAAGGUGAAGCAUUUGGAUCAAAUUCUUCUCGUUGGAGGAUUUUCCUGUUCUAGAUAUCUAUGUGAACAAAUAAAAUCCCAUUCUGACUUCUCAAAAAUAAAAUUUUGUUGUCCAAAGGAACCAGGCUUAGCUGUGCUUCAGGGAGCAGUCAUGUUUGGAUAUCAUCCAGAGGAAGUUAAAUUCCGAAUAUGCCGAUAUACUUAUGGCAUUGGUGUUCUGCAAGAUUUUGAUGAAUCAAUCCAUCCCAAAGAGAAGCGAGAUAUUGUAGACGGUGAAGUGGUCUGCAAAGACAUCUUUGAUGUUCUCGUUCACGAAGGAGACAGGGUAAAGUACGAUGAACCUAAAGUCUCCAUCUCCAAAAGCAGUCAUAAGCAAGCGGAUAGAAAACAAAUACCAAUUCGAAAAGAAAUAUAUGCUGGUAAAAAUAUUAAGAAGGAUGGGCUUACAUACGUCACAGAUCAAGGAAUAAAAUCGAUAGGGAAAAUUACCAACCAACCUCCAGUGGAAGGAUGGCCAGAUCUAGUGAACUUUGAAACAAAAGUAUACUUUGGACAGACGGAAAUAAAAGUGGAGGAUUUCGAUACUACAAACAAGGUCUCCGUCAAAGCCGAGUUUGAUCUUAUCUGAAAAUAAGUUUAUGGUUCAUAAACAGUUUUAAAUUAAACGCUCUUAUUUUUUCGCAU